GAAAUAACAACCGGCUGCCUUGCUACUGUUGUUUCCAAGAGUCGUAAUAGAGCGUGUGGUUUUAUGGAUUGAUAUAACAGGACUCCCGAGUCUUCUUGAAGAGUACGCAAUAUGGGUGUACCGGCAUUCUUUAGGUGGUUAUCCAGGAAAUAUCCUUCAGUAAUUAUCGACUGUGUGGAAGAUACGGUUAUAAGAUACCCCCUGAGAAACCAAAGGAAUCUCAUUUUGAUUCAAAUUGCAUUACUCCUGGCACACCAUUUAUGGAUCGCUUGUCCAAGUGUCUUCAUUACUAUGUUCAUGAAAGACUCAAUACAGAUCCCGCAUGGAGAAAUAUUAAGAUUGUGUUGUCAGAUGCUAAUGUUCCUGGGGAAGGUGAACAUAAGAUUAUGGAUUACAUUCGUCGCCAAAGGGCCCAGCCUGAUCAUGACCCUGAUACACAUCAUGUUUUAUGUGGUGCAGAUGCUGAUUUAAUUAUGCUGGGCCUUGCUACCCAUGAACUCAAUUUUACCAUUAUUCGGGAAGAAUUUAAGCCAAACAAGCCAAAGCCCUGUGAUAUUUGUGGGCAGUUAGGUCAUGAAAUGGUGGACUGCCUUGGUCUUGAUGGUGAUUCAGCUGGCGAUGAACCCGAAAAAGUUUAUGAAGAACAGAAAUACAUAUUUGUUCGGUUAAAUGUUUUGAGAGAAUACCUGGAGAGGGAACUUGCUAUGCCAAAUUUACCGUUCAAAUAUGAUUUUGAUAGAGCUAUUGAUGACUGGGUCUUCAUGUGUUUUUUUGUAGGAAAUGAUUUUCUACCCCAUCUCCCUUCUUUAGAAAUCAGGGAAAAUGCCAUUGACCGUCUUGUAAAUCUCUACAAGGAUUGUUGCUACAAAACAGGGGGUUGGUUAACAGAUAGUGGCUCAGCUAAUAUGCGACGUGUACAAAUGAUUUUACAAAAUCUUGGGAAAGUUGAAGAUCAGAUUUUCAAAACUCGUCAGAAGAAGGAAUUGGAGUUUAGAGCAAGAGAUAGAGCUCAGAAAAGACAACAAAAAAUGGAAAAAGAGGCUGCAUAUAGAUUUCUAAAUCAGACAGGCCAAGGUGCUCUUGGUGUUAUGAAGGCUGGAGAUACUGCUGUGGCGCAUGGUGCAAAAGGUUCUAUCAUGCAACAGCGCUUAGGAAAUAUGGGAGGGCGUGGCAUUAAACGAGGUCACAGUGAUGUUGAUGAUGAAGAGGAGGAGGAGGUAAAUCAUGAUGAAGUUAGACUUUAUGAAGAUGGUUUCAAGGAUAGGUAUUAUGAAAGUAAAUUUGAAGUUACUGCCGAGAACUUAGAGUUCAGAAGACGUGUUGCUGAUGAGUAUGCCCGUGGUCUCUGCUGGGUUUUAAAGUACUACUAUCAGGGUUGUGUUUCAUGGAAUUGGUAUUUUCCUUAUCAUUAUGCCCCAUUCGCUUCAGACUUUGUUAACUGUGCUAAUGCAAAUGUAAAUUUUGAUAAAGGAGAGCCUUUCAAUCCAUUAGAACAGCUUAUGGGUGUUUUCCCAGCUGCUAGUAGAUCACAUGUACCUGAACCUUGGGGAGAACUCAUGAUUAGAGCAGACUCCAAUAUUAUUGAUUUCUACCCUGAAGACUUCAAGAUUGAUCUCAAUGGCAAGAAAUUUGCAUGGCAGGGAGUUGCCCUGCUUCCAUUUGUGGAUGAAGUUAGAUUAAAGCGUGCCCUUGAGGAAGUUUACCCAUUACUUAGUGAUGAAGAGAUAAGGCGAAACAAGAGAGGUGAUGCUCGAAUGUACGUUAGUUGCAAACAUGCAGCAUAUACUCAGCUGUGUGACAUGUACCGCAUGGGAAUGAAUUUUGAUACAGAGGUUCCUAUCAGUGGUGAUGAAUAUCAAGGUGUACAAGGGAAAGUUUUGUUGGCUGGUGAUAUUGUUGAACCAAAUGGUGUAUUGCAAGCUCCAGUCCAGGGUUUACCCCCUGUCAGAGAUAACCAAGUUGUCACUGUCAGAUUUCGAGACCCAUCGUAUCCUGAGGGCUUUGUCUUCCCAGCAAGGAAGCUUGAAAAUGCAGAGCCCCCACCACGUGUACUGAAGGGAGAUAAUGUAGGCUCAGGUCCUCCUGGAAGUUAUCGUCCACAGAUCGGCUUCAGCAGAAAUUUGCCUCAAGCAUCCCUUGGCGGUGCUGGUCAUAGAGCUCUAGGCCACCUGCUGCCGAAUGCUCAGGAGGAAGGGUCGGACGAGACUCCACCAUUCUUCAGGAUUCAGCCUUCUAGGAAUCUAUUCGACGAUCAUCCUACUAAGAAUUCUGCAGGUGAUGAGGACCACACUGAUAUUGAAGGAACAGGUGAAGAGCUUGUCCCUGAAGAGGAGAGCAGUGACAACGUACCAUCCACUGAAGAGGCAUCAGCACAAAAUGAUUCAAGUGGAGAUCCACACAUUGAUAAUUUACCUCUUCAGAGAAAUACAAAAGGAGGAACAGGGCUUUUGCCAAAUCCAGUCAUUGGAAGUCUGAAUAAUAAAAGCCUUACACCUAACCGUACCAUUGUAACUCCUAACCUCCUGGCAGGGGGCCUUAAUAAUGAGAAACUACCACUUCUAAAAGGUGAAAGAGGAGGAAAAGGGCUGCUUGGUGCUGCACCCACCGGUAGUGGACUCCUUCCAACUCCCGAUAUAUCAUUUCCAAGUCCUUUUACAUCCUUUGGUCAAACAUCACAGGAAGGUGUGGUGAAUUCACUUGGGUUAAUUGGAGCACUUAUAGGAUCUGGACUGAGAGGCCAAGGGGAAAUGCAAAGUUCAAACCAAGGAAAUCAGGGAGAGUCAACAGGAUCUUCAAAUGUGGAAGAUUCCAGAAAUGAUUAUAUAUAUCCUGACUAUAACUCGCAACAAAAUUCCUUUCUCCCUCCAAUUAGAGGGGGUUCGCAACCUUAUAGAAAUGGAAGAGGGAGAAGUAGAAUGGGAUGCCAGUCAAGAAAUUUCCAGGAUAAUAGUGUCCAGCAGGAUGGUCUGUUAGGUGCAUGUCCGUUGGAUUAUGGUGGAUGGAAUGAACAGGGAAGUGGUUUUCACACGCAAGAUUUUCCACCAGGAAGCAGUCAGCGUGGUGGGAUGAAAGGAAUGGACUAUACAAAAAACAGUAAUCGCAGAGAUGAUUAUAAAGAUGAUAGUCUUUUAGGUCAUGGCCCCCAAAGAAGUCCAGGCAGACCAGGUUUUGAAGGUAAAGGUCUUCUUGGAGAAGGACCAGGUUAUUUUUAUGGUUCAUACAAUCAGAGAGGUGGCAUGUUUGAAGAAGGGUAUGAUUCUCACACAGAUUACGAAGAAGGAUCAUAUGGAAACUUUUACGAAUCUGAAAUGGGCCCAGGAGGACUUCUCGGCAUAUCUCCCGAUAUGAGUCAUCAUGUGAAUCGUGGAAGAGGCGGUGGCCAGUAUAGUAAUGUGCCACCACCCAGUGGAAUGUCAGGUAGCAGAGGUGGACGAGGUGGUGGAACUAGUCUUCUGGGAGCUCCACCAGGGAAUUUCCAAAUGAUGAACCAAUCGGCAAACUAUCAAGGUUAUGGAGGUGGAGGAGGUCAGGGUGGAAGAUUUAAUCAAAAUAAGCAUCAUGGUGGUGGUGGAGGUUACAACUCUUCAAAACAAGGAGGUGGAUAUAACAAUAGUCAGUGGCAAAGCCAAGUAUCUAGAGGAGGAGGAAAUAGCAGUUAUAACUCCAGAGGUGGUGGGAAUGGAUAUGGCUCACGUGGUGGUGGCGGGGGAGGUUACAACAGAGGAAACAAGAGGGGACGUGGUAGUGGAGGGAGCUAUUUUUCAUCAGGUUCUGGAUAUUAGAUACACUUUGCUCAGAUGUUGACAUGAAUGGGUUUAAUACAGCAAUGACUGAUUUUACAUGACCUGCUUGUGUACCUGCUGGAGAGUUUCAUUACUGUCAGACUGACUUUAAUUUUUGUAUGUUGAAUGUUUAUGCUGUAUGGCUAAACUAGGUGCCAAUGUGUAAGUUCUGAAGUUAAUUUGUUGUAUCAUCAUUUUCACUCCAUUUCAGUUACUGUACUUGUACAAAAUAAAAUUUUGGGGGUGGCAACAAAGCCUUGAUUUUAUUUCUUGAGAAUGUGUAACCACUUUCAUUUAUGAAUAUAAAAAUAUUUUCCAAAAAUUGAGAAUAUUAUUACUGUUGUUUUCCAAUUUUAUGGAAUGUAUUCAUUCACUUUUGUAUGAGACGAAGUAACAGAUUUUGUCUCUGAAAAUUAGUAUUACAUUGUGUACCAUCUUGAAAUAGUAUGGUGGUAGUACUUUUUAUACUGCCAGUCCUCUUUGUACACAGUUGUAAUGUAGGUUAUGAAAAAUUAGAAUCACUAAAGACUAUGAUAGGUGGUGCACAGUUCUCACAAUUAUGUAUGGAAAAUUGAGAAAAAAAAUAAUCACGAGUACAUGAUGCUAGUCUGGGAUCAUGUUAUAUACAACUAAGGAAUUAGGACAUGUAGGUUAUAGAAGUUAUUCUUUAUACAGAGCUGUGUAACAUAUCUUUUAUUAUUAAGACAAAAAGUCAGUUAAAGUAUCCAGCUCAGGCUGGUUCAUCAAAGUGAUUAGGUAUCAACUUUUGUUAUUAAAGUGACUGUUCAAGAUUGUUAUACUCUUAAUAUGCAGUUUCAAUCACAGAUUCGCACGCAUAUGUGUGUGGAUGCAUAUAGUUUGCAUAUGUAAUAUUGUGACCAAGUAUUUUAUGUUAAUAAAGUAUAAAAAAAGAAGGAAUAUUACUGGAGGCACAAAGCUUUCUUUGCAUUGUCCAUACAAAUGCCACUGUUGUAAGAAGAUUCAUGCACCAGUAACAUCAGCUUUGAUAAGUUUCUUUUUCUGUGUACCAGGUUUUUAAUGUACAUUAUUAUGUACAAAACUUUGUAAAUUAAAUGGUGUAUUCUUUC